AUGUCCCCAUCCCCACCACCACCCCGACCUCCCCUGCCCUUCCCUACCGCCAUUCCUCCCAUCCCUCCCCUGCUUCUGUGUCCCCAGGAUAUCCCUACCACCAUUCCUCCCAUCCUGUGUCCCUACGUCCUCCCCCCGCUCCCUUGCUGUGUCCCGGAUAUCCCCCACCACUCCAUUCCCACCCCAUCCCUCCUCCCUGUCCCUGAUAUCCCCACCACUAUUCCUCCCAUCCCUCUCCUGCUCCUGUGUCCCGGAUAUCCCUACCCACUAUUCCUCCCAUCCCUCCCCUGCUCCUGUGUCCCCAUACCUCUACUGUCCUGUGUCCCGGAUAUCCCUCCCCUCCUCCUGUCUCCCCGGAUAUCCCUACCACUAUUCCUCCGAUUCCUUUCCCCUGGUCUUGGUGUCCCGGAUAUCCCUACCACUCAUUCCUCCCAUCCCUCUCCUGCCUCGCAUGUCCAGAAUAUCCCCACUCACCAUUCCUCCCAUCCCUUCCCGUUCUAUGUCCAGGGAUAUCCCUACCAUAUUGUCCCAUCCCUCGACUGCUCCUGUUCGUCCCCGAUAUCCCUACCACCAUUCCUCCCAUCCCUCUCCCCGUUCCUGUGA